ACCCUAGCGCCAUCUCCUUCUCAUAUCCUAAUAUACUCCUUUCAGCCGCUCAGGAAACCUAAGCAGAGAAGAAUGAGCAAAGGAAGCAGCGGAGGUGGGGCCCUCAAGGGAGGGAAGAAGAAGGGGGCGACGUUUGUGAUCGACUGCUCGAAACCUGUGGACGAUAAGAUUAUGGACAUUGCCUCACUGGAGAAGUUCCUCCAGGAGCGCAUUAAGGUCGGCGGCAAGGCCGGAGCCCUCGGCGACUCCGUCACCGUCACCCGUGACAAGACCAAGAUCACCGUCACUUCCGACUCCAACUUCUCCAAACGAUAUUUGAAAUACUUGACAAAGAAGUAUCUAAAGAAGAACAAUGUCCGUGACUGGCUCCGCGUCAUUUCUUCAAACAAGGAUAGAAGUGUCUACGAAUUGAGGUACUUCAACAUUGCUGAAAAUGAUGCCGAGGAUGAAGAUUAAGCGGGGGUGAAUACGUCCUUUUCGCCAUGUCUUGGAUUUGCAGUGUGUUGCUCUUGUCGUUAUAUACCCUGUUUUGAAUGGCUUUUGCAAUUUUUACUUUGUGAACCUGUAAAAUGAGAUUUGCAAUUUUGGAGUUAGUUUGACCUCAUUUAUACUACUAUUAGCAUUUGAUACUUAUCCUCUAAUCAAAUUUCGUUUUAUUUUUAA